UGGGGAAUCUCUUCCAGGAAAACGAUUUGUAUUGUCUCACACUAACAUGUGGCUGAAGGAGAUUGCACAGCAGGUGUCCAAGGAAUUUAAGUCCCAAGGUUACAAUGUCCCAACUACCAACUGCCCGUAUCUGUUCCUCUGGGCCGCCAGCAUAUUUGACAAGACCAUCAAGAUGGUGCUGCCCUCUGUGGGCAAAGUGGCAAAGUUUGACAAUACCAGGAUGAAGGAAGUCUUGGGUAUUGAACCACUUGAGCUGAAAGAUACCAUUCUGGACAUGUGCUAUAGUAUGAUUGAAAAAGGCAUGGUGAAGAAGACCAAGAAAUACAGAGGGCGCACACCACCAGGUGAAGAUGCACCUGAACAGACUGAAGAGGGAGCCACUGAAGAAAAUCAUAAAGAGGCCAAACUGAAUGGUGGGGUUGUGGAUGGCAGCAAAGUUGAAGGUCAAACUGAGGUUGAAGGUCAACCAGAAGAUCAAGAGGUUGGAGAAGUGCAGACAGAGCAUAAUGGUGGGGUUGUAGCAGCUCCUGCCGCUUCUGAAGACGAGAAGGUUGAUGAGGACACAAAAGUAGGUGAAGGUCAAGUUGAGGUCAAAGGAGAAAGCCAGGAAGAGAUCAAAAGUGAAAGCCAGGAAGAGGUCAAAGGUGAAAGCCAGGAAAAGGUCAAAGCUGAAGGUGAUAUGGAGGUCAAAGGUGAAGGUGAAAUGGAGGUCAAAGGUGAAGGUGACAUGGAGGUCAGAGGUCAGGGAGAAGGUCAAGAAGCAGAUGCAAAUGCACCAGUGGAUGAAACAGAGAUUGUACAGGAUGAGGUAAAAGGCGUGUCGGUUGAGGAACAUCAGCAAACUGCUGAAAUUGCUGCAAAUGAGGAAUAAAUAAUGUGACUGACAAUGAAGGGACCUUGAUGCCAUGUACAUAAACCAUAAAAGCUCAACUUGAAAGAACAGACUUCAGAAAAAUUUAACAGACUGUUAAGUUCAGAAAAAACUUCAUUAUUUGGAAGUUUGAAUAUUUUUAGCCAGUAUCGUGCAUAUUCUGCUGAAGAGGGUUUUUUUUUCUUCAAAGUGAUACAGAUUCAGAACUAGUGUCCGAUGUGAUUGAUGGCAUGUUACUUUUUUUUUCAUAUAUGAUGAAAAAGGGAGACUAUUAAGAGUGUGGUUGUUUGUGUUUAAGUAGGCUUUUUUAUACCUGUCCUUUUGACUCUGCUGAGAAUUUUCCUAUCUGAAAAGGAAAAAAUAGCAAUGUAUGAAUUAUUUUAAUGGAAGCUAACUCUCAUAUUUUUUCAUAAACAUGGUACUAUGGUUCUGUGGUAAAGGUAACAUUGGCUUUACAAACUAUCAGUAUCCC